AUGUCAGGGCAUGACGCCGUGUGUCUGACUGGAGCACAGGACAGCGACCACUCCUGUAUGGGCCCUCUCCCCCCUCCCUUCGCUUUUUCGGCCCUUUCCCGUGACACUUUGUGUCUCCCUCCUCCUCUCUCGUAUUCGAUUCCUUUCCGUUGCAACGCUCCCACCCUUUCCACCCCCUCUCUCGUCGCCUGCCGCCUCUGCAGACAAGGUAUGGAGUGGACAGAAGUGAAGCAGGAGCAGCUCCAUCGCUUCUUGGAAGCCUUCACUAGCCCUGACCCAGCGGUGCAGGCCUUGAACCUAGAACAGCUCCAAGCCCUGUCGCACCACCCGUCCGCGCUAGUGUCCACACUCGCUAUUGUCUGUGAUGCAACAGUCUCCGUCACUGUGCGGCUCUCUGCCACUACGGUGGCUCGUCAGCUGAUGCACUGCAGCGACCGUCUGCCUCUCUACCUCAGCGCUACAGGGAAGGAUCCAACAACGGCGGUGCAGUCUAUAGCGGAGACCCUCUUUGACGCCGCUCUCGGAGACUCAUCCUCGCUAUCAUCGGCAACCGCGGCCGCACCACUACAGCGAGCCACAAGUAAUCUCAUCGCCUGCCUACUGAGUGGAUUGGCUCACACAAGCCUGGCAUCCACCGCCACGGCAGUCUGGUCCCGCAUUAUAUCCUCUCUCCUCCACCGCACAGACCCGGCCAUGUGCAUUGUGAGCGACGCAUUUGAAGGCGGUCGUCGACACACACCUCAGCAUGAGUGCCGGUGCGCUGCAUUACUGCGCGUGAUAUGCGAGGGUCCGCUUUCCACAUCGAAGGUUCUGCGGGAAUGGGUGGGUGGCCAAGCAGCCGAGAGCUUGGCCCUCUGCUCCCUUUUCUCACAGCUGCUGCAACUUCUUGAAAGACAGAUGGAGACAGACCAGGCUGCAAGCGGGGCUGUGGCGCGUUUCAAUGCACUGUGUCUGGAGGAGACACUCGCUGGUUUUCGGGCGUGCAUGGAGUCGGGUGUGCUACCUUGUGGGCCUUCAGACUUCUCGAGUGCAUCCGCUAGUGACCACCCUGCCAUCCCGUCUGGUACGGACAGCGGCAGCACCAGCUUGGGUGAGGGGCCUGCUGCGCAGGCACUUCGCGUCGUGGGUACCGCGGUUCUCAGUGUUCAAAGUGCCGCUCAGGGCCUCAUUCUCCGCCACGUACUGGGGCGUCUGGAGAUUUUGGACAGUCAGAGGGCUGACAGUGUUUUCCUGCACGAGGCUGUUGUGGUUGCCGCUCCUUUCGUGGCAGUUGGCAUGCGGUACAUGGCUGACGCCGUCGCGCUCAACGCUAUCGCGCCCCUUCACAGUGCCUUUCACACUACGGUGACUCCCCUUCUUGCGAGAUUCUGCCGUGCAGCGUGCCUUGCUGAGCUUCAGUAUGACAAUGCUGGUGAGUCUGACAGCGUUCACGCCGCCGUCUUGGCGUGCGUAAACUACAUGACGGAGUGGAUGAAUGCCGAGAGCGCGCGUCUCAGAACCCCCUCAAUCCACCUUGCCGCGCCCUCAGCGCAUCCCUCGACGGUGACCGCAUCAGCAGACGGCUACGUCUCCUGCCUCUACAGCAUGCUAGUAGACGCAGCUACCCUUCCAUCAUCGGUAGCUGAUGGGCUAGUGGAACACACAACACACCAUCCGGACAGCGCAGCUGAAUUUCUGGUAAAGUCGGCCACCGGGCGGCGUCGGGGGCCCCGCGGCAGUCACACCCCGAAAACUUACGAUGGCUGGGCUUCGAUUGCUGUCGAGUCAGCCGAAGGAACGGAGAAUGCAUCAGCAGAAGUCCCGGCGAAGUGUGACGAUGAGGAGGAGGACACCUUACGUGCAGACGCGCUGGAAGUCGCGCUACCGGACAACGGGACACUACGGCAGGCUGUAGCGUGGUGUGCGCUUAGUCUCUCGUGCCAGCCGGAGUGGUUGAUGGCGAUUGCCCCUUUUGUUGCGCGCCCCGUAACAAUCCUCCCGCCCUCAAGCCUCGCUGCAGCCUGCACUGUGGAGUCCAUUUUGUUUAUGACGAAUGAAGUCCUCGAUGGUAUUCUCGCUGACGACAAAGUCAGCGCCUCCCUUGCUGCAGCGACUCCUGAGCUGCUCGAGGAAAACCUUGCAGAGCAGCUGCAGUCUAUCCUGAGCCUCUUUAGCCCACUAACACAAGGUGACCUUGGCACUCGCGCUCCAUUCUUUGUGCGUAUCCAGGCCGUGCGGUAUCUUGGAAGACUUGUGGUGGGCUUACUCAACGCAUGGCAACACACUUUCGGCGCUGAUCACGUGGCUCCAAGCAGGUUGCGCAUUGUAGAGCGUACCCACAGGGUGAUGCUUACAAAUGGUGGCCUGGAGAAGCUUCUUGACCUGGUUCUCGGUUGCCUGAUCACGGAGGUUAAUAAAGCGGCUCAGGUGGAAUGCGUCAAGACUCUCAACUCUACUCUCACCUCAUGCCUGAAGGUGAUGAACCAGCUGAUGCGCAGUCCCGUGAACGACGAGGAUGCAUCGGACCUCGAGGAGGAAUCCCUGGACAGCACGAGCACCAGCAGCAGUGGCGGCAAGAAUGCGGGUGAGGGAGAUGAAGAGGCGGCUGGCCAUCUUUUGCACAGCGACCAUUGCGAACGUGCCCGCGUCUUUUGCCAGUCCUUUGGAGCGACAACGCACGUUCGCGCCAUUGUGGAGGUGUUGCGUGUUAUUUCUUCACACCUCCCAUCCUUCCAGUGGAGCGUCCGGCAAGGUGUGUACCAUCUCUUCAGCGAAGUGCUGCCCUCACUCUGGCAAACAGCACCAUUGGUGGACUCCUUGUUUGCAAGGCCAGCGGAUGGCACUGACUCAUUAGCAUCGUACUCUGCUCGCUUAGUGACUGCGCAGGUUUUGGAGAUGCUGGCUCAACACUACACGGAACUCCUCCGCAUCUCUUCUCUCUCCGACAACGCCUCUCCGAUGCUCGAGAUGGCGACGCUUCUGACGUCGAUGGCAGAUGUGGCGAGUGCGAUGGAUGGUGGUGCACUGGAAAUGGUUGUGCCGUGGAUUCUGCAAGUGGCUCACCACAUGCUCAACCUCUACGCUCACUAUCUCACCCGUCGUGCACACUCUAACCACUCGCCCAUUGCUGACAGCGCAGGUCGAGUUGUGGACAUGACAGAUAUGUGCAUGGUGACCCUCGAUCUUGUAAGCUGCGUGUGUGAUGGUGUCAUAGACCGCGACGAACUCUUGAAGCAGCAGCUGCGGCCGCAAGAAGCUGGCGGCGCUUUCGGAAUCAUUGAUGGGCGCAUGAUGGCCCUUACAUCGUCGCUGCUCCUCCCUCUAGCCGCCAGCGGCAUCGGAUGUAAUGGCACGCUGAGCAGUUGCAGCAGUGCUGAGGCGCUCCCAAAUCGCUGCAUGGCUCUUCUGUCCGUAUGUCAGUCACUGCCAGAGCAUCCAACCCAUGUCUCGACAACGCCAAGCAGCAUGACUACAGACGAGGGUGUUGAAGAUGAAGCGUUUUGUCUUCUGGAUGAGUUCGGUGAAGUGCGCCGAGCCUGCUUCGCUAUCGUUUAUGACUGCGUCUUCCUCGUUGCGUACCCCUCCUCCCUUUUUCGGCCUCUUGAUGUGGCUCUAGCGCCAGGCACUGGAGCGGUGAGCAGCCCGAGAUGCCUUUCCGACUCUCUUGGAAGGGAUCUCUUUGCGUUGUGCAUGCGCGAGGUGCUUCCCUCUAUUACGCCUUUGCCUCCAACGCCGAGUGAAGAGUACGAGGCGCACUUCCGCCUUGCCUCGACCCACAACGUUGCAGCCUCCGAUGCCUGGCUUUGUGUGGGGUCUCUUUUGAGUCUUUGGGACCAGCAGCACUGGAAAACGAGACGCAGCGCCCCGAGUUGUGCGCAACCCACGUGCGAAGGCGAACGCGGCCCCUGCUCAGUAUUCUACCUCGCUGGACUUGAGUCCACUGUAGAGCUGCACUCGCACUGUCUGCGCACUGUGAACGAGCUCUUGGCGCUCCUACAAGACAAGAAAGCCACUGUCAUGUCCAACAUGAGGCUGAACAUGAUCACUGCCGUCUGCGGUUUGGCAGUGCUGCUAUGCGCCCCAGGUUGUUCGCACACCAAUUCUGGUUCACUGGCACCAGUGGGCGCCCUUCCCUUCGCGACCAUCUCUGCUGUGUUUUUGGUGGCCUCGAGCACUCGUAUACAGGAAUACGCUUCCGGUGCCUCGUGCGGCGACCUGGGCGGCAUCAACGAAGCUGCCCACGUGCUGUGGUGCCUUGGCCGCCUGUGGCAGGAGAUGAUACAGCCGCUUCCUCAUGACGCUUUGUGCACGUUUCUGCGCUUGCAUGGAAAAGAGAUUGCUAAGACGAUUUCGUGGUGGACACGGUGUGUGUUUGGGCCGAAGAAGCGGCUGACACCUGCUGAGCCCCCUGCGUCAGCAUCGGCCCCCUUCUGGGGAUCCCUCCUGGAGCUGUGGCGACCUAUCGCGCGCACACUUGUGCAGGCCGAACAAGGGAAAGCACUCUCACUGACACAGGCACAGCUCUCUGUGCUGAGUGAACUGGAGAGAUUAUGA